UCUGCGCACCGUCGGUUCGUCUCUCUGUUUAUUUCUAACCUUGAUUUCGACAAGUGGGCGGAGCUUACACUAUUACUGCUGAUUCUGUGUCUCCUGUGCCCCACUCCCUACUUCUACUACUACUUCGUUUUCUUCAUCUGUUGCUGCUACUUGGUUUCACAUGUGUUAACAGAGAUUACAAACAUGAAGUCCUCAACUGCUAGUUUACUAUUCAAACUUCUACUUUUAUUCGUUUUUAUCGAACAGGUACGCAGUACAGUAUUCGAUGAUGAAACUGAGCAAUGCAAAUCUGAAUCAGGAUACGGAAGAAAGACUUUUGUAUGUGAUGUUCAUGGACGAUUGGCGACUACAACAAGGAAGAAGUUGACUGAUAUUUUAGCAGGGCUCAAGGAUCGAAUUGGAUGUGAAUGUGCAGAUGGUUGUGUAAGAGCAGAUGGAACUGAUGCAUUCAUUGGACUUCUCCACGUUACGUCAUCAAAAAAUACAGAUGAUCUGAAAAGAGAUAUGGAAGAGGAAUAUGAUGAGGCACAAUUAGGAAAUACGACUUGUGAUCAUGGAUUGGUCAUGGUUUAUUUAAAGGAUACACAACAGUUGGCUACAUACCGUGGCGGUGAUUCGUUUGUACUUCUUGGAGAUGACGAUAUGCAGAAACUACACAAGUUAGCAGCACAGCAAGGAAGUGAAAGUGACACUUUAGCAGUUCAAUAUCUUUUGGCAAACUACAAGCAAGUUUCAGAGGCCCCAAUUGACAAUUGGUAUGCAUCGUGGCUUCCAGUGAUUGGACUUAUUGUUGCUGUGCUCCUUGUGCUUUGUCUUGUUUCAAUUCUUCUCUCAAUGAUCUGUGCCAAAUGUUUCUGCUGUUGUCGUAAAAAUAAGAAAGAAAAGUACGAAGUUACGAAACCAGCAACUUACAAGUCUAUUGAGCCUCUCUACGUUAUCACUCCACCUUCCACGUUGAAUCCACGUCACCACGAUGCAAUCUACUCAACCCCAUACUCUGGAAGUCCUCUACCAUACCCACCACCACCAGGAACAACCGUACCACAUACUCCAAACUCAACAUACAGAUAUCGAGUUGACACAAAUAGAAAAGGACAGAAAGAUUAUGAAAAUGGUUCAAUGGGACAACUACCAAUUGAUGAACCGAGAAUAGGACAUCCUCUAUAUUCACCACUUCCACCAAUUGACCCGACUUAUGGAACUAUUCCACGUGCUCGUCUUGCUCCGAAUGGAGCACCUCCACCUCCAUUAUCUCCAUCAUAUUCAUCUGGAAAUGACCCACACUUCUUGGAUCCACGAAGGAAACAAGAGACGCAGACACGUGAAGAACUUAUCUAUUAACAAAAUAUUUUAAUUUCUCAAAAUUUUACAUAUAUUUUUUUAGAUCUUUCAGCCAUCCAACUUUAUAUUCUGUGUGAGAAAUAAUGGGAGAUUCCAAAAUUUCUCACAAUUUUCGAAUGUUUUCUUUCCAUUUUCUAUAUACUGGUUUUUGUAGAACAUUUCACCUUUUUUCCAAUUGUAAAUUAAAAAAAACAAAUAAAAAUAAUUGAUUUUUAUAUAAUAAAAAAUAAUAUUCUUUUA